ACUUCUUCAUGCGUGCAUUGCUGCAUCACAUUCAAUAAUACACAAUGACGCAAAUUUUCUGGAUGAUUCUGGUUUCAUUCGUUGUUACAACAAUGGCGGCUGAUUGGCAGGUUAACCCUGCUGAUUGUGGUAGAAAAUACGAAGGAGUAAAUACCAUGAUCCACGAUGGUAAACCAGCAGAGGAAUAUGCCUGGCCUUGGCAGGUAGCAUUGUUUGAGAAGGGGCAACCCGUGUGUGGAGGAUCAUUGAUUGACCCGUGGUGGAUAAUGACCGCUGCUCAUUGCGUGGAUACUAAUCUACUGUGCCAACCAGAAUCAUAUACAUUUAAAGUCGGUUCUAAAAACUUAACAGGACACACCCCUGUCUCACAGGAACGUAAGGCAAUUGAUAUCCUCGUUCACCCCGGCUACCAUUUAGCAGAUGACGGGGAUUUCGACAACGACAUCGCUCUGUUUAAAAUGAGCGAACCUUUUACACUAAGCAAGGACUAUAAAGUUAAUACGAUUUGCCUUCCAACUGAAGACAUGGAUGAUCGGUUUUCCGUAGGACAAGAUGCUUACGUCACAGGAUGGGGAUUGCUAACAGGUGGUGAUGUUAAGCCUGACACAUUGCAAGAGGCAGUUGUUCCUCUUUAUGACUUGGCGAAAUGCAACCAGUCCUGGAACAGCAUCAUCACCGAGAACAUGAUCUGUGCAGGAAUUGAUGAUGGUGCUGAUGCUUGCCAGGGAGAUAGUGGUGGGCCCCUGGUGGCGUAUCCAUCAAAUGAUACGAGUCAAUUUUAUGAGAUUGGAAUAGUAAGUUGGGGUGCCAUUGAUUGUGGCCGCACGAAAUUUCCCGGAAUCUAUACCAGGGUUACACGUUAUGAAGAAUGGAUCAAAUCUGCCUUGAAAAAUACAACACAAUUAUCAUAUGUGGGAUGCGGUUAUGGAAUCGGUACCCAAGGUAUGCCUACAUCAGCAAUAGCAGCUAUCUCGGUCCUGUCGGUAUUGCUCGCUAUUUUCAUCCCUCUCAGUAUAGGGCUUGGUGUGUAUAUGUACAGAAAUGGCAAAUGGCAAAUGAGGUUUUGAAAUGGCAAAUGAGGUAUUAGAGGAGGCCAAAGUCCAUUACGUCAUGAUUGUGAGCAAAAAGGAUUCUUUUCAGAGACAUUGUACCAUGAUGAACGAGGUACUGUAGUUAUACAGUAUAAGCGGUUAUUAAAUAUAUUCAAAAUGUGUUACAGGGGUACUCCAGCUUUGACAGAAAAUAUUACAUUUCUAUUUAUUGAAACCAUCGAAAUCGGACGUCAAAAGCAAAUGUUUCACACAUCCAUCUCCCCCUCCC